AUGGCUGUUGCAAUUCAUUCUUUAAAUGACGAAGUUGAUUUCGAUGACGAAUUUUUUUUCGGGCCACUUCGCAAAGCCAAAGAUUUGAAAAAUAUAGCAUUUCAAAUCGUCAUUGAAUGUCUUUUAUGUUUGGAUGACGCAUCAAAUCGAGAUACAACGGUACGCCAAGAUCUUCUACGCGAAUGUCGACUACAGUAUCAAAAUGACGAACGUGAGUUAGCUCGAAUUAAUGAGUUUGAACAAAUAUAUGCUUCCCAAGAAGCACUCAAAUGGUAUUCAAAAGAUUCCUUUUUAUAUCGCCUUCUAAACCGAGCGCUUCGAACAGAACGUGCUGCCGAAAUUCUGAAGUAUCGCCUAAUUAUUAUAGAUCUUCAUAGAGAGUUGCAGAAGCUUAUGCAUCAACAAUUAAGAGAAUGUCCCGUAUUGCUCACUGUUUACCGCGGUCUACCUGUGUUUAAUGAACUACGAUUGUUAGAAAUGAACGAAGGCGAUUUGAUUACCAUAAGCUCAUUUUGGUCGGCUACUACGGAUAAGCAGAUUGCCGGCAUAUUUGGUGGAGCCGGUGACGAUCGCAAACAGUCAUCGGAUCUGCAAAGGACGAGAAACGGUUUCUGCUAG